UCAUUCUCAAAUUCACACGAUCCAAACAUCAUAAUCUAUUCCCCUUUCACAUUUCUCAAUAAUCAAAAUCAUCAUCUCAUUCGUUUCCAUGCUCAUUCAGCUAUACAACCCCAUUUCACACAUUCAACAACCAUUUCCAAAUAUCAAAACCAAGACACACAAAAAUGAAAGAAAACAUGACUAGUAAUAAGUGUCUAGUGUCAUGCUUCACAAUAUUCACUUUAUUCAUCUUCGCAUCUCUAUUACUUUUCUACAGUGGUAAAACCAUUGAUUACAGAUCAAAAUUCCUACUCUUCUCGUCCCCACCAACUAACCAUACACCCUGCACCACUCAAUCCCCUCCACUCAAUGUCUACAUGUACGAUUUGGGUACAAAAUACAAUGUGGGAAUGCUAAACGGGUCGGGUUUGAAUGGUCCACCGGUGACCCGCGAGACAUUACCGGAGUACCCGAAUUAUGUCGGGUUAAGGAGACAACAUACGGUGGAGUAUUGGAUGCUGGCUUCGUUGUUGUUGUAUAAUGGGACGACGUAUGGUGAAGCGGUUAGGGUUAUGAAUCCGGAUUUGGGGGAUGUGUUUUUUGUGCCGUUUUUUAGUUCGUUGAGUUAUGAUACGUAUAAUCAUCAUGGGAAUUAUUCCGAGUCCAAAGUUGAUGAUCAAUUGCAGGCUGAAAUUGUUGACUUCUUACAAAAAUCUAAAUAUUGGAAGAGGUCUGCUGGUCGAGAUCAUGUGAUACCAAUGCAACAUCCAAAUGCUUUCAAACGUUAUAGGGAGAAGGUAAAUGCUGCUAUAUUCGUUGUAGCAGAUUUUGGUCGCCCUUCUCCAGCUGUGUCUAAUUUGAGGAAAGAUGUUGUGGUCCCAUAUGGACAUGUGGUUGGAACUUUUGAAGCUGAUGACCUCUCCGACCCAUACGAUUCUCGCACAACGCUUCUUUUCUUCCGGGGGAGGACAGAUAGAAAAGCUGAAGGGAAAGACCGUAAGCGACUGGAAAAAAUAUUAAGCGGCCAAAAGGAUGUUGUUUUUGAAGUAAAGGAAUACUCAGAGGAAGGUGUAAAUGCAUCCACCAAGGGGAUGCGUUCAUCAAAGUUCUGUCUAGAUCCAGCAGGGGAUACCCCAUCAUCUUGCCGCCUUUUUGAUGCUAUAGUUAGUCAUUGUGUCCCUGUAAUUGUGAGUGACAAAAUUGAGCUACCUUAUGAGGACGAAAUAGACUACAAGAAGUUCUCUAUCUUCUUCUCACGCGAGGAGGCAAAGAAAGAAGGCUACAUACUUGAUCAGCUCAGGAGCAUUUCUAAACCAAAAUGGGUUGAAAUGUGGAGAUAUCUCAAGAACAUUACACAUCAUUUUGAGUAUCAGUACCCUCCGAAGAACGGUGAUGCUGUAAACAUGAUAUGGAGGCAAGUGAAGCACAAGCUUCCUGCUGUAAAACUUGCUGUACAUAGAAACAGGAGGCUUAAAGUGCCCGAUUGGUGGAGAUAGCUGAUGGUAUAGUCUAUACAUUUGUAUGCUUUCAUAGGCAGAAUUUACCCCCACCCCCCCCCCCCGGUCCCCCCUAGGGGCACCCCGAACUGAGCAAACUUGUUUACAAGCUGUUGUAUGUGUCGGAUCCUCCAAAAAUGCACUACUUUUGGAGGAUCCGACACGCACCCGGUGUCAUUUUUGGAGAGUCCGAGCUACAUAGGUUACAAGUGCGGCAAUAGAAUAGUUGGAACACAUACUAUUAGUCAGUGGAACCCCUCAGCGAUUUAUUUUUCUGGAGAAUGAAGGUUUCUUGCUUUGCUGCAGCAGCUAUGACUCAACUAUCAUUUCUUCUUUAAUAUAUGUGCUAGUUGAAAAACAGAGUUGAUCUACCUUCCUUCAUUAAACCAACCCCCAUACCUUUAGAGUUUAGAGCAAGCAUCAGUUUUAAGUUUUAACUAUAAAGAUUUCCGUGACGUCAGCCAAUGCUAAGAUUGGUGCAGUAACCAGUGCAUCCUUAAGAAUUUGAAAGGCUGUUUCAGCUUCUUUAUUUAGAUGGAGGAAGAGCCUUAACAGAUUAGUUAAGGGUUCGCUAAUGAUUUCAUAGGACCUAAUCAACCUCCUGUAAUAUACAGUUAAUCUUAAGAAUCCCCUACAUGGUUACAUUGACUUAGGAAUUGGUUAGUUGGUUGUGGCUUCAAUUUUGGAUGGAUUUGUAGUUCCACUUUAAAUUGGCCAAAAGAACAUUUGGAUAGCUUAGAAAAGAGCUGCUCUCUUUUCAGAAUUUCAAGCACCUUUCUGAGAUGCAGAAUAUGUUCCUUGAGUAAUGCACUGUACAUCAAAAUAUUAUCAAAUAAUACUAACACAAAUUUCCUCAAGUAGGGUCUGAACACAUGAUUCAUUAAAACUUGAAAUGUGGCAGGGGCAUUAGUCAAGAAGUAAGACAUGACCUUAAUUCAUAAUGCCCUAAAUGCGUUCUAAAUGCUAUCUUGGGAAUGUCUCCUCCCAUUCUAAUUUGAUGAUACCCAACCCUU